CAAAGAUUUCACACAAAUUUAAGCGAACAUUGUUGUUUCUACAUUAUGUUUCUUUCCCUGCUUCCUAAAACUCAGCAUGAAUUAAUAAUCUUUUAGUGACCUCAGAGAAGCUGGAUUUCAUUAGCUGUCCUGUCCUGUACCAUCAUGGGAGUUUUGUGAAUUUGAAUCCGCUGACUUAUAUAAUUAUAUCCUCCUUUAAAGUUGAUUUUCAACAUCAAAGGGACAAUAUAGCCUUUGAAGUACCAUGGGAUUGGAUCACUGUCUAACCCACUCUUUAAGAUUCUGUCACAAUGACAUUAGGGAAGUCAUGUGAAUUAAAAGACUAGAGAACAGCUCUUUGCCUUUGCUCUGUGUCCAAUUUCAAUCAAAAUGUCAUGCUGUGCCAUUUUCCCCUGAAUGUGGAACUGGCGAGUGUGUUACACUCACAUCUUUGUGGCUAAAAUCCUGUGACUAAUAUGUAAAUUAUUUGACAGUUUCACUCCACAGGAUUAUUAAAUCGGGCCCAAAAGUUAAAGAAUAAGUUUUAAAUCAUUGUGUACGCCGGUGCCAAGGUCCAAGGCCACAUGAAGGCCCAAAACAGAAUUCAGCUCAACUAAUGCCCCCUUUAUAUUACCCAAAUGUUUAUGCGUUAUGCAUCUUUUUCCCUUUGUAGUUCAGGCAAUUCUGCCAUGUGAAAACAUAGGGAGCAAAAACAAAAUAAUUCACUCAAAUUAAUCAUCCACCACUUGGAUUCAACUUUCUUGAACAUCACAUAAGUUUGAUUGUACUGAAACCUGAGGAAUUUGGAGGCCAAGUCCACGCCCCAAACUUACUACCAGUCCCAAUUUGUAUGUGUUAUCUUGCUGAAAAGGGGAUUUUCAAUGCUUUUUUGGCAUUUAUUAGCUUGAGACGCUUGUGAAAAACAAGUCAAAGCUAUUCAAAAAUGAUUUUACAGCAUUUACAUAUUGACCUUGUCCAUCUCGACUGAAAACCCUCUUAUGAAAAUCACAUUUUUUGUUUCUUGUUGUUCUGAUAAGCUGCAGCUUUAAACAGCAUGGACUGCUAGGGCUCUUGCCCAGGGCACCAUUCAUUCAAGAACCGCUACUGUACAAUAAAAAAUAUAUCAGAAAAGUUGUAAUUAGGCAGGUUAUAAUGAUAAAAGCCUGCAGAAAGGAGACCAUUGUAAAAACUAAAAUGCGGCAGCGAGUGCUAACCCUUCUGUCACUUUAGGAGGUCACAGUCAACAUACUGUUGCUUUUGUUUGCUUUGUGUCCCUGUUGAAACUUUGUGUUGUAACGGAAAGACAGUGAGAAUAAUAGUACUGGCGCGGUGGAUCAAAUACUUCUGAAGCUCCAAAGCCUCAGGGAGUUGGCUGAAGAUUGCUUUCUUUGAUAAGGUCCUGGCAGACAACUUAGUCCUUCCCUGUGUGUAAAAGUUUAUUAAACCCUCAUAAAUGCCUCACUUAUGACGCUUGAUAGCAGAAAUUGGCAUGGAAAACAGUUUAAUAUGUUAAUCAUGUACUGAGUGUUAUUAUUUCGCCCCCCGGUGGCUAAUUUUUUUUGCUUUAUUUUGCGUCUAAUUGUGAAGACAGGAUGCAGCAUUUUUUUUAUGUCUCUUCCGGGACCAGGCCAGCGGUUCUUCACUUUGAAGUCCGCACUUAAACCUUUAGCCCAGUUGGUGUAGAAACAGCCGGGAGGAUUUCAACCGCCUGCCAUGACUUCUCGAAACACCUACCUGCGGAGACAAAAAGAGCAGUAGAGGAGAACAAGCUGCUUUAUUUUAUUUGUGACUGAAUUAAACUUCUCGAAUGCGAGAGAUAGGACAGGGAGCGAAGCCAAGACUGCUUGUUUGGGACCGUAUUUACUUCACUUUUACGUUUUCUAAUCAGAGCGGCAACAUGGAUGGUGAGUUGUGCAGGGAAGCUGUUCCACAGGCCCCCUCUCUCGGCCGCUUUGAUGUGCUGCUCCUCAGCUUUGAAGUUGAGAAAUGUGGGCUGUGUUCCUUGUUUGUGGGCGAGAAAUACGGUGUGAUAGAUAAGAGGCUUGUGUGUGUGUCUGUGCGCGUUUGCUAAGGAGCGAGAGGGAGCGCAUGAAUGUAUGAAUGUGUGGCUAAGAUUAAAAAAACCGAGCAUUUGUCGGGCGGUGUUGCUUCUUCUUUUGACUGGGUUUAAAAAAAAAAAAACGUGUGACCCCUCUUCUUCUCCACCCUCUUUCAGAUUUUUGACACCCCCAGCGAUCUACAUAGGCGAAGAGCCUGCCUACUCUGAGAGUGAAGAGGAGCUGAGAAGCUCCCCCGCUGCUUUUAGCGAGUGAGUGAGGAGGAUUUUUCUUUUUUUUUUUUUUUUUUGGAGGUGGGGGGUGGGGGGAGCUUGGAAGCUGGAGCUGAGGCACCACGGCGGCACUCUCACACAGGCAGCCGGAGCCAUGAGCAGGGCGCUCACGGAGCACAUCAGCGGUAGCUUCCGAGAAGAUGCUCCCCGUCCUCCGGUGCCGGGGGAGGAGGGAGAGGCGUCAUGCUACAACCCGAGCAGAUCUGGCAAAAUGAGAGCCCAGAGUAAAGUUAAAGAUCUCCCCACCGCCGCUGCUGCCGCCGCCGCCGCCGCUGCUCUUGUCGGCUCCAUGCCGCGGAGGAACGAGGAUGGACUCGGGGAGCCGGAGGGCAGCGCGUCCCCGGACUCGCCGCUCGUUCGGUGGACCAAGUCUCUGCAUUUCCUCCUCGGCGACCUGGACGGCGCUCACCUGUUCAGGACCUUCUUGGAGCGGGAGCGCUGCGUCGACGCGCUGGACUUCUGGUUCGCCUGCAACGGCUUCCGCCAGAUGGACUUAAAGGAUACCAAAACGCUGCGAGUUGCCAAAGUUAUCUUCAAGCGGUACAUCGAGAACAACAGCGUGGUGGCGAAGCAGCUGAAACCGGCCACCAAGACCUUCAUAAGGGAUAGUAUCAAGAAGCAGCAGAUAGACUCGGCCAUGUUCGACCAGGCGCAGACGGAGAUCCAGUCCCACAUGGAGGAGAACGCGUACCAGAUGUUCCUGACCUCUGACAUAUACCUCGAAUACGUGCGCACUGGCUGCGAGAACGCCGCCUACAUGAACCACGGCGGGCUGGGCAGCCUCAAGCUGAUGUGCGGAUAUCUUCCUCCUCUCAUGGAGGAAGAGGAGUGGAGUUGCAGUGACCUGAAGGCAAAAGCGUUGGGGUCUGUGGUGGGACUGUCUGCGAAGAACCUGAGGGCCACUGCUACUAUCCGGACAGCAGCUGAAGUGCUGGAGAAAACCUACAGGUCCCAUCGACGAGGAGACCCCGCCAGCCCGUACUUCAUCAACUCCGGCUACAUUUUCGCCCCUGCCACCAGUGCCAACGACAGCGAGAUCUCCAGCGACGCAGCGACAGACGACUCUCUGUCGAUGACUGACAGUAGUGUAGAUGGAAUCCCUCCUUACAAGAUGUGCAGCAAGAAGCAGCUGCAGCGAGAGAUGCAUCGUAAUGUUAAGAUCAAUGGCCAAGUCACGCUACCCCACUUUCCUAGGACGCACCGGCUGCCUAAGGAGAUGACCCCAGUCGAGCCCUCAGCUUUUGCUGCCCAACUCAUCGCCAAACUGGAGAAGCUGAAGCGUGAGCAGGACACGAUGAGCUCUCUGGAGGAGAGGCUGCAGCAGAUUCAGGAGGAGGACGAAAGGGAGGAGAGCAACGACCCGAGCAGCAGCAGCUCCCUUCAUCACCCCCUGCUGCCGUCCGCAAGCCAAUGUGAGGAAGACCCCCAGGCCAUCUUAGACGAGCACCUUUCCCGUGUCCUGAAGACGCCCGGCUGCCAGUCGCCUGGCAUCGUCCGGCACUCGCCACGCUCCCGCUCCCCGGAUCAGACCGGCGUUCUGGUGUCGUCUGGCCACGCGACUCUUUUUGGUGCUUAUCAAGGGUCCACUAAGGUUCUGAUGACAGGCAGGCAGUCCACGAAGCACAUCCACCACCACUACAUCCACCAUCACCAUGCUGGGCCCAAAACUAAAGAGCAGAUUGAGACUGAAGCGGCUCAGCACGUGCAGUGCCUCUGCCCUCAAGGGGGCACCAAUUACUCCGACUUCACACCUGCUCGCUGCAGCACUUUGUCCAGACGACCAUUGAAGGCCUCCGAUGAGGGUGUGUCUUCACCAUGCCUUCCCAUGGUUUCCACCGACCGCUCUCAGAAUGUUUGGCAGUGGAUCCUGGAGAGCGAGAGGCAGGGCAAGCACAAGCCCCACAGCACUCAAGGCCUAAAGAAGCCCAGUCCUCUCGAUUCCAAGAUCCUGCCUGCUAGGACCAACACCUGGGGUGGAGCUGGCACCUGCAACGGGAGUCACCUCCGUGGCCAUCACCCCGGCCAUCCGUUCAUCCAAGAUCCCGCUAUGCCACCCUUACCCCCUCCCAACACCCUGGCACAGCUUGAGGAGGCUUGUCGCAGACUGGAAGAGGUUUCCAAGCCACCAAAGCAGAGGCAUUCAACAACGUCUAGCAGCCUUCAGAGAGACAGGAGCCAUCCACCUGCUGGAACUGGUGCAGGCUCCUCUCAAACCAACCCAGAAGAGUCUAAGGAGUUGGUGGUAACAUACUUUUUCUGUGGCGAGGAAAUUCCUUAUCGCAGCAUGAUGAAGACCCACUGCCUCACCCUGGGUCACUUCAAAGAACAGCUCAGCAAGAAAGGCAACUACCGGUACUACUUCAAGAAGGCGAGCGAUGAGUUUGAGUGUGGAGCGGUGUUCGAGGAAGUGUGGGAAGAUGCCACUGUGCUGCCCAUGUACGAGGGCAAGGUCCUGGGCAAAGUGGAGAGGAUGGACUGAAAAAAAAUAAAAUAAAAUAACACAAACAACCAGUGCCCUUCCCGCGCCCAAACACAAGUUAAGCUUUCCCUUAAGAACUUGAGCAACAGACUCUAUGAAAAACAAACAAAAAAAAAAAAACCUCUGGACUUUUUUUUUUUUAAUAUUUCUUAUUAUUAAGCUAAACAGAGUUAAUAUAUCCAGCACAAGAAACGCGAUUGAAGGAAGACGAGCCAAUGAAGUAUGCCGAACUCAGAGGAGGAGCCGCCCCCUCCCUGACUCGCUCAACCAAUCAGCCUUAGAUCACACAAAGGGACGAAACUUUGAAGACCGACGCAAGAAUCGGAGGCCAGGGGGGAGGAGAGACCCCGACUCCUCUUGAAGAUAACCACUGAAGAAACCGUCGAGUUGCGACACGACGGCGGACUGAUGGUGUCCUGUGCAGAGGGCUAAGCAGGCGCUGACAGAAACGCCCAUACGUGUGCAUAUACAUACAUAUAUAUGUAUAUAUACACAUAUUUUAUAUAUAUAUAGAUAUAUAUCUAUAUAUAUAAUUCUUUUUUUCUUGAGUUUAAAGUUUUAUUUAGUAUUUAUUAAAAUAAAACUUCCCUCUCCCCUCCCUUGUCUUAAUCCGUUGACCCCGCCCCCUUUUUCCCUGUCGUCUCCAGCCAAUGAACAAGCUGCUUUGAAUGUUGGGAGAAUACUCUAGUGAUGCCGUUUCAUGUUUGUCCGUUUUUUUAUGUUCCGCUAAGGUGGUCACACUAGCCUUGUUGCCACUUUCGACCCAAAAUAACGACCUGAGCGUGGGUCCAGUCCAAAGCUUCGUUACGCUAACGGUCAAUCCCACUUUUAUAUGCUGCUGAUAGUUUUCUUCAAAGUUGUCACACCAGGAUCUCCCAGCACUCAUUGUCUGUCUCUCUCUCUCUCUCUCUCUCUCUCUCUCUGUCUCUCCCCCCCCAUCCCUCCCUUUCUCCUCUGCCUUUCCCUCUUUAGCGACAGAGCUCAAUCUUUUUUUGUUGUGCCUUUGUUUGUAAACCAGGCAUUGCACAGGGAUGGGAAACAAGGGGGGCGGGGGGGUGUAGAGGGGGGCAGGGCGGAGGUGGGGGCAGAUUCACACAGAGAGAAGGCCUAAUAAAGACAGUGUUUACAGCCCGCACACCGAAAUAACUCGCGCUAAUAACAAGAAUCAGUUUGAGCCACUGAGAGCGACUUCUCGACGAAGUCGGCCAACAUGUGCGGGAGGGAAAAA